AUGAAUGCACUGUCCGUUGCGUUGCGACGCGGCCAGGUCUUGCAUAAAGCGGCCGGAAGUUCACAAGUGGCUCAAACUCGGAAUAAUUACCGUGAGUUCUUUGAUUUAGUAUUUUGGUAUUUAGGAAAAGGUGUUGGAAAGCGAGAUUCUAAGCCUGUCGAACUAUUAGUACCAGUUUCAGGUCGAUUCGGGCUUUAUUUGGGCUUUACGAAUGACUUUUUAACUUUUGCUCUACUAUAAUAUAAUUUUCGAUAGCAUCCAUGAAAAAAUUGAGAUUUUUUUCGAUUUUAAGGUUGGAAAAGGUAGAACAGUCCUCUUAGUAGCUAAUACUGGGAAAAGCUACUAUCAAAACAGGUUGGUUGAAGGCCUCAACCUGAAACUUGUUGUUCCACAUGCAAAAUAAAAAAUUUCUUUGUUCUAGGUUACGUUGGGGCCCAACCAACCACUGAUGGCUCUCUGAAGGGAGAUUUGGAGCAGGCCUAUCAUUCAGUAAUGUUUACUGAACUUGUUCGAGGCUUUGGUGUGAUGUUUGGUCACGUUUUCAUGGAGCCGGCUACCAUCAACUACCCCUUCGAGAAAGGUCCAUUGUCCGCCAGAUUCCGCGGAGAGCAUGCGCUUCGUCGUUAUCCGUCCGGUGAAGAGCGAUGCAUUGCUUGCAAAUUGUGUGAGGCGAUUUGUCCUGCUCAGGUAGGUCAUGGAUAAUAUCGGCGAAAUUUUAAAAGAUUUUCGACUGGCUGAUGGUGUAUAUUUUGUUUUCAGGCCAUUACGAUUGAAACAGAGACUCGAGCUGACGGCAGUCGACGUACCACUCGAUAUGAUAUCGACAUGACCAAAUGCAUCUAUUGUGGCCUUUGUCAAGAGGCUUGUCCCGUCGAUGCUAUCGUUGAAGUAAGUUGAUUUCAUGUUUUUUUGUUGGUUUUUAGGUUGCUGUAUAAUUAUCAAUGGAUAGAAUGGCUUACUUCGCUCAUUUAUUAUGAGAAAUCGACAUUUCCGACCCUAUUUUAGCCCAAAAUUGCGAUUUUUUUCAAUUUUAUUGUAUUUCUUGUCGGUUUGGCCUAAAUUAAAUGUCCAUAAGACAAAUAGACUUUCCUAAUUAUGAUCAGAACAUGUUUGAUCCAAUUUCAGGGCCCGAACUUUGAGUAUUCCACCGAAACCCACGAAGAACUCCUCUACAACAAGGAAAAGCUCUUGCUGAACGGCGACCGAUGGGAACCUGAACUCGCAGCGAACAUUCAGGCCGAAUAUUUGUAUCGUUAA